AUGGCCGAGUCUCAACCUGAUCCUCCCCCAGCAAAUCAACCAGGGGCGGCACCCAGUCCUGCUGCCAGCCAGUCCAGCAGCACUAAGACCGGGAGUAACAGCACAUCGCGCAGAAUCCCCAAUUCCGGCGUCGCGAGCUUUAGAAGGCAGCGCGCGUCGCGAGCAUGCGAGACUUGCCAUGCGCGAAAGGUCCGAAUCCCCCGUGUUCUCCCUGUUUCUGAUGCUGGUGACCCGCCGGGCUUGGCGUCGUUAUCCUGGGCUUUGCUGAUCGGUCGGACGUGCAGCAAUCAAUCCGGCGAAAAUGCAGAUGCAAAGGAGCCUCGCCCCAGGGAGGGUUUCCCAGCCAAUCCUCCCAUGUCGAUCAACGGCAUGCCGGCGACGACCUUGACCAGCGCGCAGCAGGACCAGCAAGCAAAUACGGCCAAGACGUACACUCAGUUCAUGAAGCCCAAGUUUGCCAGAGCUCCGAUCAAAGAAGCGGGAAGGGUAGCCUACCUGGGCGAGUCCUCGAACCUGUCCCUGUUGGUUCACGACCGGGGCAACACUGAUGUCGUCCACUACCCGCUGCCCGAGAACAUUCGAGGCAGCCGAGCCCGGCUGACCGAGCUGGACAACCUGGAGAUCGACAUCCUCCAUCAGCGCGGAGCGUUCUUGCUCCCGCCCCGGCAUCUGUGCGAUGAGCUCGUUGAGGCCUAUUUCAAAUGGGUGGCGCCCGUCGUGCCCAUCAUCAACCGCAGUCGCUUUAUGCGCCAAUAUCGUGACCCCAAGAAUCCGCCGUCGCUCCUCCUGCUGCAGGCUGUCCUCCUGGCUGGAUCCAGAGUAUGCACCAACCCGCAGCUGAUGGAUCAGAACGGAUCCACGAUUCCCGCCUCCAUGACCUUCUACAAGCGGGCCAAGGCCCUCUAUGAUGCCAAUUACGAGGACGAUCGAGUCACGAUCGUCCAGGCCUUGGUGCUAAUGGGGUGGUAUUGGGAAGGUCCCGAAGACGUAACCAAGAACGUCUUCUACUGGAGCCGAGUUGCGAUCAUAGUCGCGCAGGGUUCCGGCAUGCAUCGCAGCGUGGAGAAUUCCCAGCUUAGCAAAGCCGACAAGCGACUGUGGAGGCGGAUCUGGUGGACGCUGUUCACGCGCGAUCGCUCCGUGGCAGUGGCGCUGGGGCGACCUAUCAACAUCAACAUUGACGAUUCCGAUGUGGAGAUGCUGACGGAGGAGGACUUUAUCGAGGACGAAGACGAUCAUCCCGCCGAAUAUCCCCCCGAUCCGAUCCACGUCCAGUUCUUCUUGCACCUCCAAGUCGAGGCGCACGAAUGCGAUCGACCUGACUCAUUCGGACAUGGCCUUGGCGGAUUGGCUGCAGAACUGUCCCAAGGAGGUAUAUUGGGAGCGAUCUCGACACCAUUUCUGGGCGGCCCUGCUCCACUCCAAUUACUAUACCAGCUGUGCCUGUUACAUCGGGCCCAUAUGCCGCCCGCUUCCCAUGGCUACCGUGGGGAAGAGAUGGCUUACCCUUCCCGUACGAUUGCCUUCCAAGCUGCUGGGAUGAUCACAUCGAUCGUGGAGAAGUUACAGUCGAACGGCGAGAUCCGGUACACGCCAGCAUUCAUCGUCUACAGUCUCUUUUCCGCCUUGAUCAUGCACGUCUACCAGAUGCGCUCGUCUGUGCCGUCCGUGGUCGCCACGUGUCAAGAACGAAUCAGUAUCUGCAUGCAGGCACUCAAGGACGUAUCAAAAGUCUGGCUGGUGGCGAAAAUGGUUCACACACUGUUUGAGUCCAUUCUAGGCAACAAGGUGCUGGAGGAGCGUCUUCAGAAGGCGCCUUGGAAGCGACAUCAGAAGCCUCAGAGUCGUCCUGACAACAACAAUAACAACAGCAACAGCAAGGACGACAACGACAACAAUAACAAUAACACUAACAACAACAACAACAACAACAACCACCUUGCUCCGGCCAAGAAAACUGAAACGCAAACGCUCAAACGUAAAUUUGACGAUAUGGACAUUGGACGACCCAAUGGUGGGCCUACACCUCCAGUUUCCUAUGAACGUUCCCGGCCGCAGACGCCUGCUGCGACACCAUCACGCGAGCUGGGCCAGCAUUCCGCGCAGUCCACAAUGCAGGCAUCUCCGAAUACGCAGAAGGCACCACCGGAUGGGUUUCAAGGGUCGGGGGGCACCCGUGGGAACACCAGGCCGACAACACCUUUUAACCAGCCUUUCUCGAUACCGGCCACGCCUCCUGACCUGUUCCUGGUGACGCGGAAUUCACCGAAUCUCUCACCGACGGUCUGGGAGAAUUUCCAGCCGGAUCUGCUGUUUCCCGAUGGCACGAACUUUUUCCCCACGCUUUCUUCCCCCGAGGUCAAUACGGCGGACCCUCAGAUGCAGAUGCCUUCGCAUGUCCAAGGGCAGAAUGUGUCGCAGCAACCGAUGAUGGUCAAUCAGGGACUGCAGUCGCGCAACGUCCAGGGGGGCCAGAGUAGCCCGUCUCUCAUGUCUGGGGUAGCCCCUGAACUGGGUGGUGGCAUGCAGAACCCGCAGCAAUCACAGCAAGUGUUUGGAAUGGACAAUCAGCAAUCAUGGCAGAAUCUCGACGCAGCCCUGGCCGGAACAGCCAUGGAAGCGUCGAGCCAGGAUGACAGCUGGAGCAACAGCUCUCGCGGGAAUGGCCCCACGGCGCCAACGACGUUGAAUGUCGAAGAUUGGUUCCAAUUCUUUGGCAUUAAUGGUGGCUUUGGGGAUCUCAUGUCCGACCCCAUGACCACUAGCUGA